UGCCGCUGGCCCGGAAGCGCUCGGGCGCCGGCGGCGCGGGCGCGAUUGAGCGCAGGCGCCGGCCUCCGGGCGCAAUGGUCUUCCUCACCGCGCAGCUCUUGCUGCGGAACCGCGUCACCGACCGCUACUGGCGGGUGCAGGAGGUGCUGCAGCACGCGCGGCACUUCCGGGGACGGAAGAAUCGCUGCUACCGGUUGGCGGUCAGAGCGGUGACCCGAGCGUUUGUGAAAUGCACGCGGGCCCGCAGACUGAAGAAGAGGAUCAUGCGGACGCUCUGGAUUAAUCGAAUUACAGCUGCAUCCCAGGAACAUGGCCUGAAGUACCCAGCAUUCAUUAUCAACUUAGUUAAGGUAUGGUAGAGGAUGUGGUCCUCUUGAGAUGUUGAACGGCUACAGGAGCUGGCCCAGCUGGUGUGGCCCAACAGAACAGGCAGGGGAGUGUUAGCACUCCAACACUGUUCUGGUUCUUGGUGCAGUGGGGACUCACUGCACUUGCUCUGCCCCUGUCCUGCUGGUAGCAGAAUUGGAAACGGCAUAUGAUACCAAGACAUGAGCCCUGGUGGUGUUUCCCUAUCAAGGGAGAAAAGGAGAUAAACUUAGCUUUAAGCUUUAAUUUCUAAGUUUUUACACUAAGUGAUUUCAGAUGUGGUAGCUGACAAAGUUGGAAGUCAUACAGUCAGAAAGUGGGGAUUGUCCUGGGGGUUAGAUAAGCAUGUGUCAUAAAAUCUUAACUGUUGAGCCUGGUGACUAUGCUCUGGAUUACUUAGAUUGUUUCUUUAAAAGUCCAGGGGGACCAGGGCUCAGACAGGACACAGGCUGCCUGGGGCAUACGGGUCCCAGGGGGAGAGCAGGCUGCCUGCCCUGCGCAGCUGCAGCUCACCUGCAGACGCAUCCUGCCUUGCUGUUGCCCCGCGGGCUCGCUGCAGUUGUGUUGGUUUUCUGGCGUCGCCUGUGGUUUCACUGGAUAGGACUUGGUUCCGCUCUCCUGUGGGACUUGGGAAUGCUGCUUUUUUCCUGGUUCCUGUACUUGUGUCUCACAUACCUUUUCUGUGUCUCAUUCCAUCGUUUGUAAAGUGGGAACUGUGAUGUCCACGUGAAGCCGAGGUAAAGGGUUACCCCAGGUCAGCCAUCAUAGUUCUGCCUGGUGAUGACCACUGACCUCAGCAAGGUGUUUAGAUCCAUGGCUGGCAGCAGGAUGGGACGCCAGCCUCCUCCACACGUCACCUCUUGCAGGGUGCCCUCCCCCUUGUCAUUGUCUAUGUCCACAUUUUAUUCUCCAGUGUCCUGCUUGGACAAGACUCAUCACUCCCCUUCUCCCCUCCCUACCUACUAACCAAAACAGACUGCGUGUCCUGGGAGGGUAGAGACUGCCCUGGAGCCAUGUAGAAUGUGCUAGCAGAAAUGCUCAAGGGUGACUCAAACCAUAGGACACUUGGCUGCAUCCAGUCUGCCCAUGUUUCUUGGGAAUGCAUUUCCGACGCUGACAUGGGCUCUGAUUUUUCU